UUUCCGAGACCACGAGACCAACGGGACCAGCGGCGCCAGAUCUAUAACUACCUACCUUAGAACUACCUUAGAAUCACCUCCCUUUAUCAAGCCGGCUGACUGCGAGGAGAGAGAAAUACGCAUAUAUCCUCUUCUAGUUCUAGACGGCCGAAGAACGGCAACAUCUGCUAGAAUACCUAGGUAGGUAGGUAGCUAUUGCGCCCCCAUUCCUAUACAUCCAACCACGCUGGCUCCACCUCGUGGCUUCUUCCAGCAUUCAAGCCCCCAUAAUAGACUCAGUCUCGCGCGCAUCGUCUUCCCACGAAGCCUGCGCGACCGAUACCGCGAACGCCUCAUUGGCUUCCACCUCGACACCCUUCCCUAUUAUAAGCACCGCUUGCAGAGUCGCGUAUAUAGGUAUAUCCUCGAGCGCCAGCGCCGUCGCCAAGAGCAGUCGCGGCUUGUCGAUCGCGCGAGACGGCUGCUCCUGGGUCGGCCGGCCGCGAAAAGCAUAAAGCAUGGGAUCGCAACGCGCCUUGGGAAUAUGAGUUCCAUGCCCGCCCUGGGUGUCGGGACCGGCAACUAUGGCGCCGAUGGUGGCCGCGAGAGGGGCGCCAGGAGGAGGAAACUGGCCGCCAUGGCUGGCAGCGUCUAUCGCGCUGGUGCCGUGGCCGUCAAUGAAAUCAAGGAGUCUUACAAUCAGACGAGGUCGAGCGAAGUGGACACUCUAGAGGCUUCUAAGAUCACCAUCCCAGGGUCAUUCCCUGAUGUCGCCAUCGUCACCAAAGGGAACGAGCAGAUGGUCUUGUUCCCCUCCUAUGCAAAACGGCAUGUUAAGGAAGCACCGAGGCAGUUCGCUCGCCCUGGAGGACCGCCACCUCCGUCAGCCGUCGACAUGAGUGAACAGGAGUACUGGCGGCAAGAAUGGGCUCGAUAUGAGGACGAAAAGGCCGUUAUGGAUGUGGACGUCCGGGGCUGGAUAUACAAUCCUCAUAAAGGUCCCAUGACGCGACGCAAUCGCGUCCUCAUUGGGCUAGCGAGACAGUUGAGCGGGAUUCCGGCCCCCGGAUUGCAGGCUGCUGGCAAUACAGCGGGCGAUGAUUCUUUCUCCAGCAUACAUCAACAACAUGAAGAGGAACGGGAAAGGCAGAGUAUUGCGCGGGAAGCUCAAGAGAUUGAGCGCAGGGGCCGUGCCGAAGAACAGGCCGCACAGCAAGGUGAUUAUAGUGAAAGACCUCGAGAUGAAGCUUCCGAGGAUGAAGGCGAUGGACGCAAAUAUCGAGCUAGCAGAAGUCCAACACCACCUGCAUUGCCUUCGAGGACGAAUACAGCUACGGCGUCUACUCUUACUGAUGCGGAAUUAGCCGUUGCUAACGCGAACCUCAUGGCGCGGAUUGGUCCCUUUAUGACAACGCCUUUGGUCGCGGUGCCCAUUACACUAUUCUUCUACAACGAUACCACGUCUCAGUCGCGCACAGUAAUGACUGAUGAUUCUGGCCACUUCGUUAUCCGGGCAGCACUCGAUUUCGUACCCACCCAUGUUCGAGUCUUGGCAAACGAAGAUAUCUCUUGCACCGAGCCCAUACAGGUCAUCGAGCCCCGAGGUGUCAGCUUGAUCAGUGACAUUGAUGAUACCAUCAAGCGCUCGAAUAUAGCUCUAGGUGCCAAGGAGAUCUUUCGAAAUACCUUCGUGCGUGAGCUCAAAGAUUUGACAAUCGAUGGCGUCAAAGAUUGGUACAACACCCUACAUGACAUGGGCGUAAGAAUACACUACUGCUCCAAUAGUCCCUGGCAACUCUAUCCCGUCCUCGCCACGUACUUCAAACUUGCCAGCCUACCACAUGGCUCAUUACACUUGAAACGAUACACCGGUAUGCUACAAGGGAUUUUUGAGCCCGUGGCCGAACGCAAAAAGGGUACACUAGAAAAGAUUAUGCAUGACUUUCCAGAAAGAAAAUUCCUUCUCGUGGGAGACAGUGGCGAGGCUGACUUGGAGGUAUACACUGAGUUAGCCGUCGCCAAUCCCGGGCGAAUUAAGGGAAUUUUCAUCCGAGACGUUACCACCCCGGAACGACCGGGCUACUUUGAUGCCGCCUAUAAUACCCCCGAGACCCGCAAUCUCUCUAGGGCCACGCAGAACCGUUUGGAUCAAAAGUCCAGGAGCAGUUCGAAAGAUGAUCCGAAGAGAAGGCCAGCUCUCCCCCCUCGUGACACAACUGCGUCCAAGAGUGACGAAGGUCUCGUGAUGGGUGACUUGAUAGAUCUCUCAGAUGACCCCACGCCGAUACACCGCACUCAAUCGGCCAUGUCAAGCACAGAAUCAGCACCGGGACAAGGAGCGCAGACUGCCAACCCGCGGAGCCGUAAGCCUCCCCCUAAGCCGGCGAAGCCCUCGGCUUUACAGAGCACUCAAACAAUUCCAAAGGUAUCAUCCAAGGACGCCAGCCCUGACAACCGAAAGCCGACUCCCACACCACCCCCGCCCCGUCGGUUAUACACCGGCUCAGAGCCAUCAUCCAAGACCCUUCCUCUACACCCACUCUCGCAGAUCCAUAAUUCCUCAGAGCGGUCCUUCGAAUCCAGCCCAAAUCCAUCCACCCGAUCCUCCGACACCCCACCGCCUCCACCGCCUCCCCGUCGCCGCGGCACACCAUCAAGCAUGCCAGGUCCAACCCCGCACGCCAGGCAAUGGACCGACUCGGGUCCAGGAACAAGACUUAGCAGCAACAACAACAGCCCAGGGACCUCAACACCACCAAGUCCAAAUCAAGGCCAAGGUCCCUUGAACAAAAAGGUUGAACUCUGGCGCCGCCGCCUCGAGCGCGCGCAGGACACGCUUUCGCAGCACGGCGUGCCGCUGUAUACGUGGCGGCGCGGCGAGGAUGUCGUUGCUGAAGCUAUCGGAAUUGUGAAGGAGGCAGAGAGGGAGCUGAGAUUAUAGAAUUCAUAGUGGAAACUAGGCAAGAAGGGGGGUUAUGUGUAUAGUAGUACAGAAGCAGAGAAAUAUGAACUGAAGCAAUCUCUCAAGCCAAUAUCUCCUGUUUUUCUCUACUCGCUCACCCACUCACCCACUAUGUCCUUGGUACAUGAGAUGAACACGCAGUUUCCUUUAUAUAUAUACCCGUAGUUAUAUAUAAUGUGGAGACGAACAUGAAUAUGAAUAGCUACGAAUAGAAGAUAGUUAUAUAUCAAUUAUUGCCUAAU